CUGUCCAAUAGCUGCAGCUCACCACUCUGAGGCAACGACAGGAGCGCAGGGAGAGGACGGACCGCGCGCGCAGGACGGAUGUUGCUCCUUGAGAGACUUUAGACAAGUUUGGGAAAGCGCCGGACGUCGUUUCGCACGCAGGAGCGAGGCGGACGCUGAAGAGGCAUCUGAGCCGAGCUGCGUGCAGCGGCACACGACCUCCCACAGCAGCGCAACAUCUGGAGGACGCGGAGCAGCGAGGGGGGAAGUUUGGAGGCGGAGAGAGGACGACCUCCGCCGGAGAAGAGUGCAUGGGUUCGGGAGUUCGGGGGUGACACCACCUGAGCCCACCAGAAGUUCGGUGGUCGCGCAAAGUGGCAAGACCGGGGGGAAGCGACGACGGGGAAGGCGUCGGAGGGCGAGAAGUUCGGCUGGAGCGGUCCGAGAAUGAAUUAGCCAGCGCUUCGGCUGCACAGAGUCCCAGCCAGACACAAGGCUCACUCCCAGGCCCCUCCACCUCCUCCAUUAAGAGCCAUGGAUGAGGAAAGGAAUGCCCCAACCAUCUCUCCAGAGCCACCUGAUGACGGGGACCCUGAUCAGACAGAUCUUCAACCAAAUUCACAAACACUUUCCAAUGCAGAAGGUGCAAACAGCUGCCCAAAGCCCUGUCCUAGUGCAGACGAGGCCCACAUCUAUACUGAGCCCCUCAUCUUGAGGUUAAACGGCACCUCGCUAAGUUUGGAAGCUGAUGACGGUGACAACUGCAGAGGCAGCGACCCGCACUCAGAGCUCACGCCCAGCAAAUGUGUAACAUCUCAACCUGCAGCCAGAUCCACGCCCGUCCACCACACGCAGCCCUGUCGGACGCAGCCGAGCAGCCAACACCGCAACGGAACCAAGCACCACACGCACUGUCUCCAUCACACGCACACGCCUCACCCGCACGGACCCCAGUCCAACGGGGUGAGGAACGGAGGCCACCCGAAGCUGGGCUCCCUCCCCAGAGGCGGCUCCUCCACCUCCUCGUCCUCCUCGGCCGGACCCAAACACACCAAGAAAUUGCAGUCCAACCCGUCCAUCACAUCCCAGAGCAGCAAGAGGAGCAAGAGCAGCUCCAAGAGCAACAGCUCCCAGAUUCCCACAGAGGCACAGGACGACUGUUGCGUUCACUGCAUCCUGGCCUGCCUCUUCUGCGAGUUCCUGACUCUGUGUAACAUCGUGCUGGACUGCGCCACCUGCGGCUCCUGCGCCGGCGACGAGUCGUGCUUCUGCUGCUGCUGCGCGUCGGAGGAGUGCGGCGACUGUGACCUGCCCUGUGACAUGGACUGCGGCAUCAUCGAUGCCUGCUGUGAGUCCGCAGACUGCCUGGAGAUCUGCAUGGAGUGCUGCAGCCUCUGCUUCUCUUCAUGAGGGGGGGGGGCAGGGCUUUGCUACACAGUCCCGCAAACCGAGGCACGACUCAGAAGCUGCCUGUGGUUGACACUGUACUGGCCUAGUUGGCUCCUUAAUAUAUACAGUCUCUUACAGGGUUUUUCAAGCAAGUGACGUGACCUAAUGCUGAGCGCAGUCGCUGGUGACUUCUUCCUUCCUUCACUGAUCAAACCAUAGGGCGCUAAUCCCUCCCCCUUCGCCUUUACUGUUGGCCCCGUCACUGCGCCAGUGGACGGUGCAAAGUGAAUUCCUGCUGCGGUCCACGGGUGUCUGCCAGGCAGCGCAGCCCAGGCCUCCACACCCUCACGAAACAAGCUAUUAUUACAAUGGAGCCUCUUGUGCCGUUUGAAUGACUGGAGUUCUCCAAGCAUGAAAAAUGACCUCCAAAAGCAAAUGAGAAAAUGGCUUCAUUUAAACGGAUUUUAGUGUUUCUGUAGAUAAGAGCGGCGGCAUAAUGGGAAAAUGGACACUCAGAUCUGAGUAGAAGCGCAGCCUGUCCUCCUGUCCUUGGCAAGGUUAAAGUCUCCCCGUCUGAUUGCUUAUGGCGGCCGGUGCGGCUCACGCCGUGGUGCGCGGAGGCCGGAUUCACCACCGUCUUUGUCCUUGUUGCAAUGUAAAGAAUAGAAGAAGAAAAAAUUAAUGGUGGCUUGUGGCAAUAUUACAGACAGAUUUCUUUUGUUAGCAUUCAUCUCACUUAACAGACUUAUUCAGAGAAGAAUGAUGAGGGCGUCAUGCAUCAGCCUGAAGAUGGGUCCCAUUAAAAGGAGUACUGUAAGUGACGGACAUCGCAGAGAGAAGCACCGGGGGCGUCAGCAGGGGACACAUUCUCUAACAUGUGAAGAGAGGUCUUAAUGAAGAGCCUCUCCUCGUCUAACGUUUCACAUCUUGUUUACUUUUACACUUUUGAGCUCUUUCUUGGACCCAUGCAGGAGUUGCAGGGGAUGGGAAAAUGGGAAGGCGUCAUCUCAUCUCCUUUUUUUUAAAAUACACUUCAUCUUCCGCUGCCAUUCCUCCUAUGUGAACAAAUGGCCUCAGCUCAGCUUAAGGCCUGAAUCUCCAGAUAGAUUUUUUUUUCACCUUUGCCAAAUCUCUAUUAAUCCUUGUUUUGUAGAUUUUAGUUAAGAUAUUUGCAUCUCUCCACUAAUGUGAAAAUCACAUUUCUGUGUUAUCAGGUUCUGCCAGGGUCUCUAUAAAGCAGACAUUUCUCAGCAUCUAAUUUAAUUCCUAGAGUGAGAAUCUCACAACAUAAUUCUGUUGGAUGCAUAUGCGUGUAUGAAUGGUACGCGUUCGAUAACAGGCCUGCACUACCACAUACUCAGACACAAACCUUCGCCAACCCAGUACCUCUUGAGAUGUCACCUAGAUCAGAUGUGCAUUCAAAAUGACUUGAUACAAACCUUUCUACUCUGAUAAAAUACUGUUUGUGCAAUCUUUCCUUCAUGGAAUUUUCCUCUUACUGGACUUUGGUUUCUACACCUAUGGUUACUUGUAAAUAGAAGGGUUCUUGCUAUGCUAAUGAGGCUGUGGUUGAUCAAACCCUAUUAUAAGGGGAGAAUCUAUCUAACACUGUUAUGAUGAGUAUCUGCUAUGGCUGUAAUCAACCAGAUAACACCAAAGCGAGAUUAGGGAAUUCCAGUAGCGUAACUUGAAAACAAUAGUAUGGACUCCACUUGUCUCCUUAUAUUAGACUGAAUGCGUUUGGGAGAAAAAACCUGGAAAACCCUGGAAAAACAGACCUUUACAGUACAGGAGGGUUUAUGAAGGUAGAACUGGAUUAUACAGAUGUAUUCUGUGUUGCAAUAAUAAUGUAAUUAGCUUCAGUUUACAAGGUUGUUAAAUGUGCAGUGUACAGUAACAUGGUGCUUCUUGUGGGAACACGCUCUGACACCAGACCAAAAACACUAGUUGUGAUGAACACAGCGCAUAAUGUUCAAGAUGAAGCCCUAUGACUUUAAACAACACUGGUUUGUUACGACAGAGGUCAAAGGUUACGUAAUAAAUACCACUGGAAAACACCUUUCUGGUAAACGUUUGAGUCGGUAGUGUUAAAGUAAACAGUUCACAAUUUAAGCGUCAGAAUACCAGAACAUGAAAACACACAUUGUCAUAAGUUUCCUACUGGCUCACUUUACUGUUUCUAACCCAAUCUGAUGUCCUUUCUUGAUUCCAGACUCACUGUAGCUCAAAUUUGGGACCUUUGUACUUAUAAACUGCACUAGAGGUGUAACACUAUUCCAAAUCAAGGCAGUAGCAGUGUCCCUGAACGCAACACACUAGAGCUCUUGCUGAAUGACACCUCAAUCUACUCCACGAAGAUGUCGCGUUACUCUUCUGGUAAAAACGCCUGCACAAAGGCAGUUGACAGCAUUCGCCACAAUCGCCUUCUGGUUUCAGGUUGUCACCAUUAAUAUGUGAUAGUCAACCACAAGAACAGUGCGACGAGGGGUGGAUUACCCACAUGUGUUUGUGCCAGACAAAUCAUCGGCUCCACUGUGAUUCUCUAGCAUUCAGUCAGAAGAUGUUUACUUUAUAUGGUUUCCACAUGCAGUAUUAUCAGCAUCAGUUGUCAUGGAAACAUGUUGACUUAUUGUUGUAUUAUGAGAUGGAUUUGUGGUGUUGGUUUAAAGGACCGACCUCUUCUGCUACUCGUCUGAAAGUUGCCCACCUGAAUGGUUACACGACUGUGCUCCACUAUAAUGUCAUUUUGUUUACACUACACCCAUUUAAUGUCCAUUUGAAUUGCUGUCCUGGAAAUCACAUUAAAUCGCUUUGUUUAAUACUGAAUAAACAAUGUGAACUCCA